CACACAACACGCACACACGAGCGCACACACAACACGCACGCGCACUGUAUAUGUAAAACCGCUCGAGUGACGCGUGAGGUUCGCCCCGAUGACGGCGUUGGGGGAUCCCCUUAAAGCUUCGCUCCUCUCGACCGCGCACAAGCAAGCGUCUGGGGUGUUGCGCGCUCCCUAGCCGGAACAAGUCGCUCACUCAAGACUCGCGCGCCGCUCUCUAUCUCUCUCAUCUCGUCUCUCUCAUCUCUCUCAUCUCUCUCCGACUCUGUCUCUCACACAGCCUACACCGCCGCGGUCGGCGGUGACUGCUCUUCACGUCGUCUUGCAGCUGCUCGUGCCAAGUGGUUCCCCUACGCUCCGAGCGUCCGCGGGCAGCCGCGUCUCAGCGCGCCCGUGCGUCGGAGACGCGCCACUCACUCGCUGGGGAACCACACACACACCCCGCGUAGCUCUCAUCAGCAUCGUCGGCAGCUCUACCUGGUGUCAAUAUCGGCAUCAGCACUUCGUAGCGGCGGAGUCACCGGCGGUUGUUGUCCGCUUGAUUGUGGAGCAGGUGACCGACCGGGAGACGUUAACUACCAAACAUAUUUCACAAACGUUAAACACGCAUCAUCGUCGGCAGCAGCAGCCGCCAUCAUAUACAUUCUAUCGAGUAGAUGUUGUCCACUUAACACAUAAACUAAUGUGUCAUCAUCAGUAGCAGCAGCAUCGCGUAGAUUGCUAUAUUAUCGUCAUUGUCAGCAUCAUCACCGCCAGUUGCAGGAUCGAGUACUGUAACUUGCAUCAUCGUCAGCAUCCUCAGCAGCAGUUGCAGCAUCGAGUACUGUAUAUUGCAUCAUCAUCAGCAGCAACAUCAUCAGCAGCAGCAACAACAUCAUCAUCAGCAGCAGCGCGGCACGGACUCCAGUUCGCUCCGCGUGCCCCAGAUCGCAAGAAGCGCUGCCACCGCGGAAUGGCUCUGCGGCAGGAAUGAAGACGAGGUCUGUGAGCGCGCGCUCGGAGGAGGAGAGAGAAGCGAAAGAAGAAGUGGAGGAAGAGGUGGAGGAGGUGGAGGAAACCACGAGGUCUAGGGGAGACCACGCCAUGGGGGUCCGUCCAGGCGAAACCGGCGGAUUCCCCGGGGUGGACUCCACCCACGGCGGCAGCGGCAGUCAGGGGGAGGAAGGGGGAGGAGGAGACCUGCAUCUCGAGCCGAACCCGACCCCUGACAUUUGCGGUGGCGGUGCGAGUGGCUUAGCGGACAUCGCCGGACCACGUGAGACCGACAGGCGGCAGAGCGCCGACCGGGUGGCAGGGCAGCCACACGCCAUCGGCAGCGGCACCUCGGACUCGCGGAACACCCUCGGGUUGGAUCGGUUGUGCACGACGGAGAAUGGAUCCGUGCAGGAGGCAACGGCGCCAUCGGAAGAGGUGAGCAUGAUCAUCAGCAGCGGCGGCGGCAGCGGCAGCAGCAGCGGCAGCAGCACCAGCAGGAUCAAAGUCCAUCGCAACCAAGCCAGCCCCGGAUCCCUCGCGCGGUGCAAGAAGAAGAUCAAGGAGGAUCGCCAUCCGCAGACGGCCACCGCCACCGGCACGGACGAGGGGGGCUCCGCCCGGGAGGAGAUGAACGGUGGGUCGGGACCCCUCCCGGUGGUCACCGUGACCGAGCACGAGAGCGACCACCGUGAGUCGGACUCGAACGAGGCGGCGAGCUCGUCGGACGUGGCCCCGGGACUCCCGGGUACGGCGGAGCCGCGCGGAUUGAGUCCCGCGGCCGUCGCCGCCAGCCGGUCCCCGUCUCCGCAGCGCGUCCACUCGGCGUCCUCCUCCGACGGACUUCUGUCCUCGUCCUGCGAGGAGUCCGAGGGAGGAGGUCAAGGGUGGCCGGGGGCUGAAGGUCAGGGCCAGAGGAAGGCGGCCAACGGAGAGCAGAACAAGCGCCCCACGCACAAGGCAUGGAAGAGGAUCCAGAGCAUCAUGCACCGCACGCCGUUCAUCGUGGCUCUGAAGAAGCGCUACCCCUGGAUCCAGCUGUCUGGCCACGCAGGGAACUUUAAGACGGGGGAGCAGCAGGGCGUGGUCCUGAAGCGCUUCUGCGAGGGGGAGCAGCGGUGCCUGCGCUUGCUCAUGGGCGACGCGCUGCGCCCGUUCGUGCCCGCCUACCUGGGCGAGAUGGAGAAUGACGGCGUGCGCUACGUGCAGAUGGAGGAUCUGCUCACCGACUUCCACGCGCCCUGCAUCAUGGACUGCAAGAUGGGAGUGAGGACCUACCUGGAGGAGGAGCUGGCACGCGCUCGGGAGAAGCCGCGGCUGCGCAAGGACAUGUACCAGAAGAUGGUGGCGGUGGAGCCCGGAGCGCCCACCGCGGAGGAGCACACUCAACGUGCCGUCACCAAGCCACGCUACAUGCAGUGGCGCGAGACCAUCAGCUCAUCCGCCACGCUCGGCUUCAGGAUCGAGGGCAUCAAGGUGCGUGAUGAUCAGAAAAGCGACGGAUUCCUCAAGCAGGACUUCAAGAAAACGAGAACCCGGGAGCAGGUGAUGGAUGUCCUUGAUGACUUCAUAGGAAAGAAUGUCAACAUUCAGAUCCGAUACCUCGCCCGGCUGAAGGCAAUGAAGGCCACGCUGGAAGCCUCCCCUUUCUUCCAAACGCACGAGGUGAUCGGCAGCUCGCUGCUCUUCGUGCACGACGGGUGCGGGCGCGCCGGCGUGUGGAUGAUCGACUUCGGCAAGACGACGCCGCUGCCCGCGGGCCAGACCCUGAGCCACCGCGACGCGUGGAGCGAGGGCAACCGCGAGGACGGCUACCUGUGGGGGCUCGACCAGAUCAUAUCGGCCCUGGAGGGGCUCGCCGAGCGGUACGCCGCGGUCGGGGGCCUCCACAAACCGGCGAGGGACGCCGCUCACGGCCGCGACGGCGGCGGCGGUGACGGCGGCGGCGACGGCGGCGGUGACGGUGGAUGUUCCGUCGCGCCGAGCUGCGUGUCGGCAGAGUCGCCCUCGUCGGUGUCGCUAGCGCCAGACUGCAGCGUGUAGCGGUGUGUGUCGCGAGUGUGCACGCGGGCACACAGUACGUGCAAAGACACAAGGACAAAGAGCCCCCGUAUAGCCUGAACAGACUUGUUGGGGCAAGUGCUGUUAGCGAGCACCUAUGAAGGCCGGCACUGUGGCACACGACGGGGGUGGGUGGCCAGCA